AACUCACAACCUUUCUUUUUUAUUUAGACAUGCAGCGUACCGUUAUGGUUUAAUAUAUUUACGUUGAGUUAAGAAUAUAAUCAUGACUGUCGCACAAAGCGUCAGUAGUCCUGUACCGGUAAUGAACACUGCGGUGGAUGAUGUGCUGUAGCUAGCUAACAUUCACGCUAGCAUGCGGGUUUUAUGGUUUUAUUCGGCCAAAAUGGUUUUAACAACAAGAAAAACCUGAACAUGUAUACCAAAUAAUACUACGACAAUUUCGGUGUGAUGGUUUCGAUAAAGAACCUAGUCGAAAUGCUUAGAACAGUUUUAGCAACUGCAAGCUAAAAACAGUGUUGGUCAGUCGUGUUUGCGCAUGCGCGAAACUGUACCCUGUUUUAGUGCUCUUAUUUACUGACUCGUUAUUUAUCCAGGGCUUAAAACUUAAAGAAAAAUAAAUAAGCAUUUAUUGCCAUCAGGUCGUGUAGUUUCUGACUGUUGUACUGCAGUGUCAAUGAGAGAAUCUAUCAGAAUUGCUAUGAAGAGUUUAUUUCCACUGUACCUGUUCUAUAUGUGGAAUUUUUUUAUUGACUACUUUGAGAGAGAGAAAAAAAUCCAAUAAACCUGUUUACUCCAAACACACUUACAAGUAGAUGCUGUACAGGGCAGUCCAUGAUUUCUGACAUUAAAUAUUUAUCGUGAUCGUAUAACAAAUCCACAACUACUAAGAUACUCAACCUAUAAAGGUUUUACAAUGAGACCGACAUAAAAUAAUGUCUCCCCAAUAGUACUCAGGGUUUCAUCCGACUUUCCAACACAAAGUCAGUCUAUUUACUUGUUCUUUUCCCCCAGAGAUGUUUCCUAUGUGUCUUUGUAGCAUCAGUUAGAAACUCAGGUGCAUCUGUUUAUGUACCCAGAUGCAUGAAACACAGUGCUGCGUGAAAGUUUGUGAACAUCUGUAUUUCAGCAUAAAUUUACCCUGAAUGUGAUCAGAUCAAGUCCUGAAACUAGAUAAAGAGAAACCAAAAAAAAAAAAACAGAACGUUGUACUUUUUACAUGUAUUGCCAAGCAAAAUUAUCCAACAUUUAAGGAUCUUUGUUGGGGAAAAAAGUAUGUGAACCUUUGCUUUCAGUAACUGAUAGGAUCCCCUAUGAGCAGCUGUACCUUAAACCAAACUUUACAGUAAAUAGUGUUUAAUCCUGCACAAAUGACUGGAGGAAUUUUGGCUCUUUUUUCCAUACAAAAAUGCUUCAGCUUGAUGAUGUUGGUGGGCUUCCUUGCAUUAGGUCUGGUCUGGACACUGACCUGGUAAUGGCAGAAAGUUAAGUUUUUUAAAUGUUAGCAUUAACCAUGUCUUUGUAGACUCUCUUGUGUGCCUAGGGUCAUUGUCUUGCUGCAUGGUUAAGCUUCAGUUAACGGAUAGAUACCCUGAGAUUCUGUAGAACGUGUACAAUUAAGAAUCCAUCCAUCAACCACCAAUGACGGAAAGCCGUCUUGGACUCGAGAUAGGAAAGCAGCUCCAAACCAUGAUACUGCCAUCCCCAUGCUUCACAGAAGAGAAUAGGUUCCUUAUGUUGGAAUUAAGUGUUUGUUUUUCUGCCAUACAUAACACUUUUCAUUUAAGCAAAAUAGUCUAAUUUUAGAUUUAUUUCUUUAUAAAAAUCUUCUUCCAUUAGGCUACUUGUUUUUCCACAUGGUUUUUAGCAAACUUUAGACAGGCAGCAGUGUUUAGAGUAGGAGCUUCCUCUCUGCUAUCUUGCUAUGGACACUGUUCUUGUUGUUUUCUUGUUGUUUGUGGACUCAAAAAUUGACAUUACUCAAUGCAAGAGUGGCCUGUAGGUCUUUUAGAUGUUACCCUAGAGUUCUUAGUGAUUUCUUGUAAUAGUGUUCCCUGUGCUUUUGCCUCAGUGGAUUGGUAGAGACCAGACUCUUUUUAGAAAUGAUUUUACAAUCUUUUCCAGGCUGGUGAGCAUUGAUAACUCUUUUCCUGAGGUCCUCAGGAGUCUCCUUUGAUUGAAGCACGGUACACUUUCAUGAACCUGCUUGAUGAAGACUAGAUACUGAUGAUAAAGAGCCAAAGAGUUCUGGAAACAUGGGAAGGCCUGAUAAACUCACACCUGAUUGCCAUCCCUUUGAUUGAAAAACCUGACUUGAAUUACCCCUGUAAAUUAACUCGUACUCCGGUUCACAUGUGAUUUCUGACAAAAAGACACUAUAUUGCCAAAGAUUUUGGGAUGUCUGCCUUUACAUACACAUGAAUUUAAUAUGGAGUUGGCCUGCCCUUUGCAGCUAUAACAGCUUCAACUCUUCUGGGAAGGCUUUCCACAAGGUAUAGGAGUGUGUUUGUGGGAAUUUUUGACCAAAGUACAUUUGUGAGGUCAGGCACUGAUGUUGGACAGAAGGCCAGGACUCUGUGAAGUUCCUUCAACACCACACUCACUCUUCCCAUGUCUUUAUGGACCUUGCUUUGUGCACUGGUGUGCAGUCAUGUUGGAACAGGAAGGGAUCAUCCCCAAACUGUUCCCACAAAGUUGGGAGCAUGAAAUUGUCUAUGAUGUCUUGGUAUGCUGAAGCAUUAAGAGUUCCUUUCACUGGAACUAAACAACACCUGAAUUCAAUGACUUGGAGUGGUGUCCCAAAACCUUUGGCACUAUAGUGUAUGUAAAGUUGGAAGAUUUCGCUUAUUAAAUAAAUAAAUGUUAAAACUAUAAUCUAUUGGUGUAAUUUGUUUAACUGUGGGAAAGAAUAGUUUAUACAAAUUUCGAGUUUAAUAUAUAAAGCAUUUAAUUGAAGAUUUAAAUAAAUGUGGAAUAUUUGCACAAAUUAAUUUCAAUUUCCCUCAGACUUCCAUUAUAAGCGAGCAUAAUAAUUUUCACUACAGGUAAGCGGGUACGCAGAGAUUUGUUGACUAAAAAGCUGGAAUAUUUCUUUUAUUCUUCUGUGAAAUACAAACUACUGUCUUCUGCCAAUCUCUGUGUGUCGUAUAAGAGGGUUUCCCCGGUCCAAAGUCUCAGCGUCAUCCAGCCAGAUAAACACACCAGAACCAAGGCUGUUUAGUUCACACAGCGUUCUUCUGUAGAGAUUUAUUCAGCAUGCUGGGGAUCAAUUUGCAAGCAGGUCACGUUGAGCCUGCCGUCUCUGGCAUCAUGAGCGGCAAGAGCCUCCUCCUGAAGGUCAUCCUGCUUGGUGAUGGCGGCGUGGGCAAGAGCUCGCUGAUGAACCGCUAUGUGAGCGACCGUUUCGACUCGCAUUCGUUCCACACCAUCGGUGUGGAAUUCCUGAACCGCGACCUGGAAGUGGACGGCCGUCCUGUCACGCUGCAGAUUUGGGACACUGCGGGUCAAGAGCGCUUCAGGAGCCUACGCACACCGUUCUACCGCGGCGCCGACUGUUGCUUACUAACAUUUGCAGUGGACGACGCACAGAGCUUCCACAACCUCAGUGCCUGGAAGCAGGAGUUUGUGCGCUACUCGGAUGUGCGCGAGCCUGAGCGCUUCCCCUUCGUCGUGCUCGGAAACAAGGUGGACAAGGUCGAGGACGGAGAACGGCAGGUACCCGAGGAGGAGGCACGCGUCUGGUGCCAGGAGAACGGCCACUGCCCAUACUUCGAGACCAGCGCAAAAGACGACACCAAUGUAAGUGCUGCCUUUGAGGCCGCUGUGCGUGAAGUGCUGGCCUGCGAGGAUCACGUCGAUCACACUUUGCUCGGAAGCACCAUUGACCUGCACGGCAACCGCAAGUCAUCCCGCGCUUCCUGCUGCUGACGAUCUCACUGAGAUUAAAGGCUUCAAAUGGUGUUAACCUUCUAGAUGCUCCUCAUUGCUGCCUGCUCCUGCAAAGGUCAAUGUAAUGAAAAGGGAGUAGAUGCAGAGCAUAGUCUUGACUGGGGGACUUUCUAGGCUUAUCUAGGUACAGGUGUUAGAGAGGUCCUCAUACAGUGUUACUGGUACGGUAUUUUAUGGCCUGCUUCUCUGCCUGCAUUUCCAAAAGAGCCAGUGGUAUGAUGGAGGAGGGGUGUAUGCUCAGUCUGAGCUUAUACUGAGUAAGAUCUGUAACCCAUACAGUGUCACUGGUGUGUGUGUUUGUGUGCGUGUAUGUAAGACAACACACUGGAACAUCUAAGGAUAAAAAAAAAGUUGCUGUGUUGCAUUAACCUUCUUGCUGCAUUAACCUAAUCUUUGCCCACACUCACAAAAGGACAACGGUACGAUAAGGAUGCAGCAUAACCUUGACUGCGCAUUGUUCCUGGCUUGAUUAGCGGGAGAAAUUGCACACAUAUUGUCGAUGGUAUGCUAUUGUCUCUAACGCUUUCCUGCCAGAAGCUCUUGUGCUGCACAGGGUUUUCUAUCAUAACUUUUCCAGGAGGUCAAGAGGCUCCUAUUUGCAUCAUGAAGCUCUGGUUUCUCCUUUAUCUGAAAGUGUGUGUUUCCUCCUCUGUUGUGAAGAAGAUAUACAGUAGCCUGACCACAGAGUUCCUGUUGAUGUUAUUGUUUGUGUAUAAAUAUGAAGCACUUUUAAUUUCCGCUCUUUUUCUUAAGGUACAAACGCUAUGGUACGGUUUGUACAGGAUGAUCUUUGUUUUAAGGUUUCCUGACAAUGGAGUAGUUGUGAAGCAUGUACCAGCUCUCCGUCACACUAAAAAUAAGGGCUGUCUUAAUCAGAAAAGCUGUGGCCCUUUCUACAGAGUGCAGUCACAUCAGAGCCUAGUAAUGUAUUAAGAUUUGGUCUUAAGUCAGCACUAAUUUGCUUUCGUAGCAGUUAACCAUCAGGAACGCUUGUGGUCUGGGUCAGCAGUUUUACGUCCCUUUGUUUUGCUGCCUUUUCCUUUUAAAUGGCAAAAUAAUUAUUAAUAAUCUCUGCUGAAUCUGAAUGUGAAAAAAAUAUAUAACCAAAGCACAUUUGCCCCGGUGUCUUGAACUUGUGUUGCAAAAGGUACUUGUGCACAGUCCUGUAUUUUCAGACCUAUUUGGUACACAGGAUUUUGAUAUUGUUCAGGUGUUUAACAUUUUAACACCUGCCCCACCCCCAACCCCAUAUUAGAUAUUGACCGGUCUUUCUAUGAGUAAAUUAACCCUGAAAAUUUUGAAUUUAUCUAAUAUUGCUGCCUAUAUUGAAGCAACAGAUGUAGCUCAUCAGUCCUUCCGUCCACUCAAAGUUUACUCUCCUAACUAAAAAAAACAAAAGUGGCCAUAUCGCAUUAACCUGAAGUUUGGCCCUUGCCUUUGCUUGCUCUUGCAUGUAAACUUCACAAAGCUUUACUCGACUAUCCUGCUAGCGGUGUGUGUGUGGUGGCCUAUACAAGUCGCAAAUCUCCAUCCACUUAUCACAGAUUCUUUAUCACAGAGGUUUAAUGAGAAUGGUUCACUGUGAAACAGCAUCAGUUCCGGCACGAUGUUUCCUCUCACAUGCUACACAGCGCUCCAUCACUAUUUAUUCUCUGUACUGGAAAACAUUGACCUGCCGACAGCUGAUAGCAUUAUACGUUGAGGUACGUGAAUAAGUUGUGCUCACUGUGAUUUGGAUCCUUUUUUUUUAACGUUAUUACCUUGUUUGGAUUUCAUUUAAUUUCCUUAUAGGUUUUGUUGUUGCAUAUAUUGAAAUGGGUUUUUGAUUUCUUUAACGUUUCCUUAAAAAAAAAAAAAAAAGUCUGUACUGUAUAUGAUUUUGUGGUUUGUUAACCAAGACCUGGAUUUCUGUUAUGUUGCAAUAAUCCAUGUUUACCUUUUUGUGUGCUGUUUUAUGUACCUUGGAAAACCAUUUACACUUCUGACAAAGUAUUGCUUUGUAAAUCUGCCACGAGUCCAGCUAUUUAUUACGGCACUGACUGUAAGCAGUGGCUUUGCUCAUGUCGAAUGUGGGUUGCACUUGAUGUUUCUAACGUACAUUACUCCAGGAUCAUGCUUAAUGUGUUUGGAAUGGAGCUCAACUUGUAUAAUGAUGCCGGUGAAUGGGCGAGUAUCUAUUCAACCGUCCAGCCCAGCACCUGGCAUCGUAUCCGUCUCGGCAAUAAAGGUAGUCAGCACUGCGUUUGUUUACAAACUGAACUAAUUCAGUUGGCAGACAUCCAAUACUGGUGUGAAUAAACCUUACAACUGACUAACACUG